CAUCUAAUUGUGCGUGUGUGUGUGUGUUCCAGGGGCUCAGAUCAUAGACCUGAUGAUGCUGGUGGUAGACGUGGUGAAGGGGAUCCAGACCCAGACAGCAGAGUGUCUGCUGAUAGGAGAGCUGACCUGCCCCCGCAUGGUGGUCAUUCUCAACAAGACUGACCUGCUGCCGCCCAACAAGAGACAGACCGCCAUCGACAAGAUGACCAAGAGACUGCACAAGACCCUGGAGAACACCAGAUUUAAAGACUGUCCUGUGAUUGCCGUGGCAGCGAAGCCUGUUGGUCCUGAAACAGAGGAGCCCCAGGGAGUGCCUGACCUAAUAGAGCUGUUGAAGAUCCAGACGUACCUCCCUCACAGAGACCCGGGGGGAGCCCUGCUGAUGGCCGUGGACCACUGCUUCUCCAUCCGCGGUCAGGGCACAGUCAUGACCGGAACUAUUCUACAGGGGGCGCUAGCUGUCAACGACACCGUGGAGAUCCCAUCGCUCAAGGUGACCAAGAAAGUGAAGUCAAUUCAGAUGUUCCGGCUGCCGGUGUCUGGGGCCAUGCAGGGUGACCGCGUGGGCGUGUGUGUGACCCAGUUUGACCCCAAAUUACUAGAACGGGGGGUGGUGUGUACCCCUGGAUCCCUACACACCCUCCACGCAGCCCUCAUCUCCGUCAGAAAGAUUGGCUACUUCAAGGGUUCCCUGGCCACCCGAGCCAAGUUCCACAUCACCGUGGGCCAUGAGACUGUCAUGGCCAGGGUCACGUUCUUCGGUCUGCCCCCUGGAGGAAGCCCCCAGACCCCCACCACGGACCCCCAACCACCUCCCUCCGACCCCCACUCCCCUCAGCCAGACCCCAGCCCCCUGAGCAAACCUUUUUCCUUUGACCGGGAGUACUUCCACCAGGACGAGUAUGUGAUUGGCCAGCGGGCGGCCGGAGGGGCUGGGUCAGACCCGGAGCAGUGGGCGCUGCUGGAGUUUGAGCGACCGGUCACAUGUCCCUCUCUCUGCCUGGUGAUUGGCUCCAAGCUGGACACAGACAUCCACGCCAACGCGUGCCGGCUGGCGUUCCAGGGUCGUCUGCUGGAGGGCUUUGAGGGGAAGAACUACUCUGAGACUACACUACCCAGACUACACAUCUACAAGACCAAACACAAGGAGGGACAGGUGGAGAGGGUGACAGAUGACUACACUGUGAUUGGGAGAAACCUGUUCAAGAAGGAGACCAACCUGCAGCUGUUUGUGGGGUUAAAGGUCACGCUGUCCACCGGCGAGACUGGGAUCAUUGAGGGCGGCUUCGGACAGAGCGGCAAGUUUAAGAUCCGGGUGCCAGAGGGUCUCAGUCUAGAGACUAAGCAGCUCCUCUCCUCCACCUCCAAGAAGAAAGGAAAGGGUGGGGCUAAGGGGGAACCAACCAAAGAGGAAGAGGCCAAGAUGGACACUCAGCCAAUCAACAUCAACCUCCGAUUCAAGCGAUACGUCUUUGACCCCCACAAGACGAUGGUUCAGUCCUGAGGUGCGUUAGGAUCACUUGAACGUUUGCUACGUUGUGGAGCGGUUUGUACUGAACGACAUGUUUCCCCAAAACUUUCUUGUAUGUUCUUGAACAGACUUUGAGCUACGUUUGGUGGGUGUGGUGAGGUGUGGCUUGAAGCAACGAGAGGCGUAUUUAAAGGGCAGUGGCCAUGCUGACAACCCACAACCCAACCCCUCCCCAUUUUUAUACUGGUCUUUCAGUACAGCACUGUUUCCAUUCAAUUGAAUGUUCAAGAAUGUAAAAACGCACUGACCGCAGCCCUGACCUCUGCAGCAGUAGCUAGAGGAUGAGAACAGUGAGAUAUAUAUAUAUAUAUAUAUACACACACACACACACACACACACAGUACCAGUCAAAAGUUUGGAC